AUGGACGCCAAUUAUAAUCCGUCAAAGUAUAGCGAUCUUCUCGCCGGCAAUCGACGCACGACGCUGCAACCGGGACGCGCGAGCAAGCACCGGCAAAUCCCGCCCGUCCGUUCCCUCUCCGCGGCCUCUGCCGCCUCCGCGGGGUCCUUUUCCCCCCAAUCCUCCGCCUCUUUUCUCGUUCCCGCCAAGCCAACGCAAAGGCUAGUAUCUGGCAUCAUGUCGCGGUGGCAUGGGGAAGACGGGGAGCUGCCUAGAAAACGACCGCGCGCCGCGCCGGAAACUGCGGGCGCUCGUUCCGCGCUGCAGGCAUUCAAGAACGAACCCAGCGACAGUGGCACCGCGGAUCUGCGCCAUCCCGCGCAGCUGCCGUCGCCACAGCAGCUGUCGCUAACCGCGUCGACUCCUCUAGGGGACCCGUUGGGCCUUUCCCCGUACCCUUACGGGCCUGGCGGCGGCGUCGGCUCCGCAGGGGAGACGAACGCGCUGCAUUUGGAAACGCCCACGCGCGGCACCCGCGGGCUGUCCCCCCCCGCGGGUCUAGACGCCCGUCGCCGGUUCCAUGGCUCCUCCUCCCUCUGGGCCUCCGCCGGCGGGGAUAGCGUCGAAGGCGCGCUCGCCCCCGGCGGGGGGAGCGGCGCUGUCGGCGGAGCCACGGGGGGCGCAGAUCGCCCAGAAUCAGCGGGCGCGCGCGCGUUCUCCUUCCUGAUGCCCGCGGGGAAAGGCGCGUCCGCCUUGCUGUCUCCGCCGCAGGUCCCGUGGACGGGCGGGGCGGGGAAAGGGAGGGAGGAGGAGGUGCAAGGGCGGGAGAUGCAGCUGCUGCCGUUCGCGCCGCUCGAUCGCGCGUUCCGCGGCCGAGGGGAAGGGGAGGCGAGGAAGGCGGAGGAAGGGGGCGACGACAACGGCGCGGCUGAUCCGCGCUGCGCCGCCGACGGCCAGGGGUUGUUGGCCCGCGGCGGCCCGGGGAUGUCUAGUGCGAACAUCGGGGAGGCCGCCGCGUUUCGUCGCGCGGACAAGAUCAGCAGCAAGACGCGUCGAAGCCACGGCGUGGCGGCGUCCGCACGAGACCAGCAAAGCGCCGCUGACGCGGCGGCGAUGCAGCACGCGCUGCGGCUACAGAUGAUGACGCAUCAGAUGCCGCUGUCCUUGGAGUCUCAACUACAGCUGGAGCGCGGUUCGAUCGCUAUAUCUGCCGCCUCUGCCCCUGCUGCCUCCGCUUCUGUCUCUGCUACAGUCGCCGCUUCUGCCGCCGCGCUCGCCGCUGGUGCGGCCGCCACGGCCGCAGCUGGCCGGACCUCGCCCACGUCGCUGAUGCUCCCGCGCGCUCCGGCGGGGCAUUUAACGCAGCGGGACCGCGUGCACAUGAGCUUCAGCAACGCAAGCCCUCUCCACGCGGCUAAUGCGGCGGCUACUGCGGCAACAGCGGCGCAAACCGCUGGGGCGAUGGGAUCUGCAGCGGCCCGUCCCUUCCUGGUUCCGGGCUCUGCCGCAGCAGCGGCAGCGGCAGCGGCGGCAGCAGCCGCAGCAGCAGCAGCAGCAGCAGUGGCGUCGGGGGGCAUGCACGCGCAAGGUGGUGUGGGCGUAUCUGGAACACCUACCCUUUCCGCUCUUCAACAGCAGCAGCAGGCGAGGAGACAGCCCGUUACAGCUCCUCCCCCUGCAGCAACAGCAGCCGCCGUUGCCAGGACUCGAACUCCCCCUGUUCCCGGCUCCGCUUCAGCUGCAGUGGCCGACGCAGCAGCAGGUGCGGCGUUCAGGAGGAGCCUCUCUUUCUCUGCUGCUGGGGCUGCUGCAGCUGCAGCAGCCACGCCUGCUGGGACAGCAGGGGGGAGUGGUGGCAGUGGCAGUGGGGGUGCUGGGCGGCGUAGGCAGACCACUUCAGCAGGAACAGGCACCCAGAUCACUUCCGCUGCCCCUGCUGGCGCUGCAGCCGCCGUUGCUGCCGAUGCCUCUGCUAGCGCUGCUGCUGCUGAGGAGGGCGGAUCUGCUGCUGCUGCGAUGGCAGCAGGGGGGAGCGCAGGAGGAGCAGCGGCAGGGGGGAGUGUGGGGAGCCGGCAUAAGCUGUGGUGCAGCGAGGACGGGUACAAGUGCAAGGAGUGUGGCAUGAGGUUCAACAACGCGCAGGCCCUGGGCGGACACAUGACCGCACACACCAAACGGCGCAGGUCCAACUUCUCGGGGUAUACCUUCAGUGAUGCUGGCUCUACUCCUGCCUCCUCUGCACACGUGGCUGGGACCACCUCUUUCGCCCCGCCCCUCCUGCCCCCUGCUGGCGAUGCCGCACGCACAGCAGCUGUGGGAGCAGCGGGAGAAGCAGCAGCAGGAGAAGGGAGGGUGGGAGGUUCAGGAGCAGCAGCAACUGCUGCGACUACAGCAGCAGCAGUUGCAGCAGCAGCAGAUGCAGUUGCAACAGCAGCAGCAGCAUCAACAGCAGCAGCAGCAGCAGCAGCAGCAGCAGCAGCAGCAGCAGCAGCAGCAGCAGCAGCAGCAGCAGCAGCAGCAGCAGCAGCAGCAGCAGCAGCAGCAGCAGCAGCAGCAGCAGCAGCAGCAGCAGCAGCAGCAGCAGCAGCAGCAGCAGCAGCAGCAGCAGCAGCAGCAGCAGCAGCAGCAGCAGCAGCAGCAGCAGCAGCAGCAGCAGCAGCAGCAGCAGGAGGUGUGGCAGCAGCAGGCUGA